AUGGCCAAGAGUCGAGAGAGCGGCGGGUUCAAUGCCCACUACGACCUGCAGCACGGGUUCUGCGGCGCUCGAAAUUUGAGCGAGUAUGACUUCGUGGGGGUACUGGCGGGCUCGCCGGCCAACAUCCACAGACAGGUGAAGCGCAUGCUGGAGGUGCACGCCCGAGUGCUUCCGAGGGCCAAGAUCAUGCACCUCUCAGACCAGCUGUUCCCGACCAGCACUAAAGCGGGCCACGGGACGAACACCGUCGACCUGAUGAAGACGUUCUACCAAAAUCGCACGAUCCUCCGGCUGGUCAUGCACCAGUAUGCGGAGGACUACGCAUGGGCCAGCCCCACAGUACGGGCGGCCUGGGCGCAGGCGCGUCGCGCCGUUGGGCUGGAGCCCCAGGCCGCAAGGCCGGGGGCCUCGGCCGCCGCGACGGCGCAGUCGCCGCACAGGAUGACGCGGAAGGAGCGGUAUAUCAAGGAGCGGAACAGGCAGAGGGCGGAGAAGAGGAGGGCGGAGAUGGCGGGCAGCCGGAGCGCGCCGCACUCAGCGCACGCCACCACCAGCGCAGAGGCCCAGGCUGGCCGGAGGCUUGCAUGA